GCUUCGCAACACAUACGAGUGGUGCGUCCUGCCGCGCGCGCCAAGUGCCUAGGAGAGGAAGCGCAGCGACGGAGCCGAGUUAAGCUUGACUUUCCUCCACCGACCGUAGGCGCAGUCUCUCAUCGUCAGUCUUUCUCGUUCUCAGCUUCGGGGGAGCACGCUUUCGGAGUCAGAUCUAUCUUGGAGUGUGCCCACCUCGUCACAACCCUUAGCUGUCCUCGGUCACUGACCCGAUAUAUCGCCCCGUUCUUGCUGUUCACGCUAUCUCUCACGGUGCUGUGUGCAGUGUGGUCUCUCUCGAGAAGUGUUUGUUUUACGGGUUGCAGUCAGUAUCGUUGCACAAUCGAGAAUAAACACAGAGAUUCCGUGUGCAUAUACAUCGUUUCUCUUUUUUCCUAUUGGUCAUUGCCAUCUCGUUAUACAUCCCACCACCCGUUGUACUUCGUUGCUCUCACGCAUACGCUUGCUGCUGACUCGAGUCGCACCGUGCGACUGUACGCGAGACGAGUCUAUCAGAGAAGCGUCCAGAAGCAUGGGGGAUCAACAGCAAACGGAUCAGCAACAGGAAGCCGUGCCAAGCGUGGUGGAGUUGAACGUGGGUGGUGUAUUUUACACCACCGCUCUCACCACCCUCACUCGAGAGAGCGAUUCUUAUCUGGCUACUCUGUUUUCGGGAAAAACGCUGAUAGAAAAAGAUGCCAAGGGAAAGUAUUUCCUGGAUCGCGAUGGGGUCCUGUUCCGUUAUGUCCUCGAUUUCCUGCGCAAUCAGGCAUUAGUCCUGCCAGAAGGGUUUCGAGAGAAGGAAAGAUUGAAACAGGAAGCAAAUUUUUACGGUCUGCCCGGCUUGGAACGUGCCAUUCUGGAGAACGGUAGGUCUUCCGGUUCUCUGACCUCUUCCGGGAAGAAAGCAUCCGGAUACAUAACCGUCGGUUAUCGCGGAAGUUUCGCGUUCGGUCGCGAAGGUCUGGCGGAUGUGAAGUUUCGGAAGUUGUCGAGGAUCCUUGUAUGCGGCCGCGUGACUCUUUGCAGGGAUGUAUUUGGAGAAACUUUAAACGAGAGCCGUGAUCCGGAUCACGGUACCACGGAUCGUUACACCUCCAGGUUCUUCCUGAAGCACAGCUCCAUUGAGCAAGCUUUCGACAUGCUUCAAGAGCAAGGUUUUAAGUUGGCCGGUAGCUGCGGUUCCGGUACAGCUGGCAGCAAUUCGGAACAGCUCAAGCCUGGAGUGGAUUCCGAGGAAAAUCGUUGGAAUCAUUACAACGAGUUUGUCUUCAUCCGCGAGUAAAUAGCAUACUUUGUUCUUCCUUGAUCAGAAUUAGCUAAACGAGCGUGCUGUUGGGAAUAAUCGGUGUGACGCGAUCGACGAAGAUCCAGUUCCAGCAACGAAGUGGAAUUCUCCAGUAUUUUUUCGUCGACAAAAGCACAGAGCAGUCGGCUUCUUGAAGACUUUCCUUUUCGAACUGAGAUAACAACCGGUAGGGUAAAGAGUAGAUGAAUUUUUUCGUCGUUAUACGACCGUUGUGCAUGUACUAUUCAAAUUCAUCGAACUAUAUUAAAACGAUAAUGUCACGAAUUCCUCUUUCAAAUAUUCUUCACUUGUUUCUUCCACGAACAAAUUUGAAAAGAAUAUUGAUGAAAGAGAUGCCGUAACGUUGUCAAUGUUUGGGUGAAAUUCGCCUGCAAAUGGUGUGGAGAUCUUUGUCGAAAUUACCAGACUUGUUUCUAACACGUGUUCUUUACCGUGGUGUUGAACGUCGGUCGAAGUACCUCGGAAAUGAAACAAAGCCGAAUUCACUUUGCUUAAUUCUGCGGUAAUUGCUGAUAGUACAAAGACCAACGAGACUUGGAAGAUGACGGAAAGAGAGAAAGAGAGAGAGAGAGAGAGAGGGAUAGAGAGUAACAUUGGAUCAUCAAGUUUUUAGAAGUUUGUUUCAGCAUUUUACUUGUUGAGGAAGAAUUUGAAAAUUUUAUUAAUCUACGAAACAAAAAGCUUUCGUUAUAACGAGAGAUGCGAACGAUGUUGGACGAUGAGGAAAAUCAAUAUUUGAUCGUCAGAUCUGGAGAAAGUUUAGGCGAAGUCCCUUCAUCCUUUUUUCCGUUUCUUUUUCAAGAUUCAAAUGUAUUCGCCACAUAUCUGCAAUUCAUUCUUCGCACUUAACCGUUUACUCGUUGAAUACUAUAUUAUUCUAGUUUGAAUCGAAAAAGUUUUACCUCGAAAAAUAUAAUUCAAAGUUUGGUAUUGAUAAUCAGAGACUCGUUGAAAAUAUUCUCCGCUUUUCUAUAUCACCCGAGAAGAACCGUCGGAACGUUUCGAAGAACAUAACGAGGUGCAACGAAUUCAACGUGUUUCUCCCAAUCUUUUCAUCAACGCACACCAAGAGAAGGAUCUCCAAAGGAAAUAUUUAAUGAGACCAAGUAGCGUAAACCGAUCAAUAAACCGACAUUGAAAUUAUUCUAAAACGGUUAUCGGAGCUGUCGAAGAAUCUAGGAUUCAAGGAUUAACAGGGUGUAACACCCAACGAUUCUCUUCUAAAUGAUACGAUAACGAAAUCAUCUCUAUUAAUUCGUACUAUUAUCAUCUCGACGAGAUGAAAGGAAACGGGGAAGGAUGGAUUCAAAAUUUAGCUUCAAACAAUGCUGGUGAACUGUUCGAGGUUGAACUUGAUAUUGGACAGUUUGCUUGUGUUGCACUGGAUCGAGCCUCGUGUGUACGUAUCGUGUAACGUAAAUUGUGUGUACUUACGUACAAGGCAACCACGUUGUUAAACACAUGUCGAGCGAUUUGAAUAGCGUGUAUAUCGAACGCCUCUCAUAAAUGAUUCUUUGUUAGACUCUAAUUAAAGAUUAUAUGCGACUGGUCUUCGUUUUCGCGUGCAUGAAAUUGUGCAGGGCAAGUAACACAGAAGUACACUCGCUUUCGACGUUGGUCGUGUUGCGUGUAGUAUGCUCGGCGUAUUUCUUACGACAAGUUAGGUGGAAAUAGUUGUAAUUUUACUUAAUGCAGUAAGAUACGUAGAUAUUUUCUGACCGUGCAGAAAUUUGGUCGAUUUCUUCUUGUCUUGUUUGGGAGUUGCUCGAUAUUUUAAAUGAUUCGAUUAAUUCGCAGCGUGUACACUUGGGGACGAUAAAGUUUUCGAACGGAACGAACCGGCUUUUGCGUAUUUACCGGCGGGAAAACGAACAAAACGCAAUUGCCGUCGACGACAAUGCAACGCGGCGGACAAAGGAGACUUGGAUUUUUAGAUAAGUUUUCCUUGCUCCUUUGUGGAAAUGAGCUUUAUUUAAAAACUGACGAUAUUUUGUUAAUACUUUGAAAGAUACCUAUCUCUAUUAAACAAAACACGAUUUAAUCCUGUUAUAUUCUUUACGUCAUUUUUGACCCAAUCGUGUUUCUCUCUGGUUAAAACGUCUCUUAAGUUUGAAAAAGCUAUAAAAGAAUCGUUAUUGAUGUACGUGAUUUCUUGUUUCAAUUUUAUACUAAAGAUUUUCUUGGAGUACAUAGCUUAAAAGAUGUAAUAAACAUUAUUAUAUAUGAAAUUCUUUCACGAAUGCCCAAUGACUACAUAUUUAACAUUACACUAUCGUUUUGGCAAAAUUAAGAAAUAAUUAUCUUUUUUCUGUUUCUAACUUUGUCUUUAAACAGAUUAAAAAUCGUUUCUUCCUUGGAAUAUGAAUGAAUAUGGGACAUAUAAAUGUGACAACAGUAGCAGGAUUAGAAAGACUAAAUAGAUUCAUCGAAUAAGAUAGUUGUUUCUUGAAAUUCUUCCAGCUCCUCAGUGAUCAAGUUUAAACAUAAUGGUUCCGCCCGAAAAAAUUCAAAUAUUCAGAUUCUGCGUGGAUCCGUAAGAAUUCUUUCGAUCCGACUAUUUCACGUAUUUCGCUAUUUUCUAUUUCAAACUGAACGCGUCCAAGUCGAAUUGAUAUGGUUUCCGCGCGACUGUUUUUCCCUUAGCGAGACAAUCUUAUUUUCAACUCACGCGAAUGAAGAUUCCUUUCUGCCGGCACACUAGUUUUUAUUAGAUUCGGAAUAGAAUUAUUUACGACAUCGUAUCGCGUUUGCUUGAAAUCUACUGAUUGCGACCACGAAUGCGAAUAUCGGCGGACAUUCGCACAGAGGACGAGAAUAGAUUUGCAAAAUAGCAGUGCAUAACGUAGAACGUAACGGUGCAGUGUGAUAUUGCGAAUUUGAAUAUCUCGCUGUCAAGUCAAACAUCGUCAGUAUAAAAGGAAAGGAUAUAGAAAUCGAUGAGAAUCGUGUUUCAAAUUAUUAUUAAACUGUAGAUGUUUCUGUACAUUUAUGGGAAAUUUGAACGUGCAAAAAUGUACAGAAUGCAUUAAUAUGCAAAAGUAUCAAAAAUAUGCGAGAUAUUUGUUACCUAAACAUUUAAAUGAUGAAAGAAAUAUUGGUUGAAGUUCUAUCUUUUUUCUUGGAUUUUUAAUUUAUCAUUAGGUUGUGGAGUUACACAUUUAUGUAUUUAAUUGUGCAAAAAUAUCCAAAGUAAAAUGCUCGUUGUAAUAUUUAAAGGAUGAAACAAAUCUCUAUUUAAGUCCUAUUUCUUUAAUUUAAUGUUCUCAAUUUAUGAUUAGGCUGCAGAUUUAUGCAUUUAUGAAUUUAAGCAUCCGAAAACAUCCAUAGUAGAAUCUCUAUUUAAGUCCCAUUUCUCUAAUUUAUUCCUAAUUUAUCAUUAGACUGUGAAUUUGUGCAUUUAUGAAUUGAAGUAUAUAAAAAUAUCCAAAUCAAAAUACUGGUUGUAAUAUUUAAAAGAUAAGACAAAUCUCUACUUGAAUUGCAUUUCUUUAGUUGUAUUCGUGAUUUCUCCUUAAACUGCGGAUUUAAAUUUAAAAACAUACAAAAAGUUCGAAGUAAAAUAUAUGUUACAAUAUUUAGAGGAUGAGACAAAUUUGUUUUCUGUUCUUUUUUUUUUACUCGCUUUCAUAAAUCGUUUUAAGAAUUUGUAUAAACAUCUAUUUAUAAUGAAUUACUCCAUCGAAAUGAAAGUAUUUAUUUCAACGGAUUUCUAUUUCCGCGGCGUAUUUAUAGCACCUUCAAUCGUUCGAUUUGUAAAGACAUUCUUUUUUCUCGUCUUUCGUCGACUUUGUUCGAUGUUCUUGAUACCGCAAGUCCGGUUGCAUGCAUAAAACAGGGACGCGAGCCGGUUGGUUCCAGACACGAGCAUUUCAUCCGGAACAUUGAAAUUCGGCAAGAGCAAAGUCGAUAUUUUGUGCUCUGACGAUUGCACGGUUCAUUGAUAACAUGGUCGACGUGUCAAAGGACACAAAGCCAUGGAUGAUCGAGUUGAGAAUUGCUAGAAUUUGACAAACAACUGAUGAUGUAAAAUGUAAAGCAAGCUUCGCUAUAUCGCGAAAGUGAAAAUAUGAAGCUUGCCACGUCACUCUGCACGAAUGUAAAGUGUCAGUUGCACGCCGUAAAGCCAUCGUGGAUGUCUAUGGUGAUCGAUGAAAUGGUACGCAUGCAUCGAACGUGGUUUUAGAUAUCAUGGGGUUCGUCUUCCUAGGAUCGCCUUUUGUAUUUUAGUUUCACUCGACGAGGAACGUUCGCGCGUUAGAUAAUAUACAUUCAGGUGCAUCGAAGAAAUUGAAUGUGGCGUUGGAUCGAGUAGAAACUAUGUUCAAAAUUUGACAUAUCAUUGUCGACUUUCAAUCCGAUUUAUUAUUAGAAUUAGUGAUAAUAGGCAUAGUAGUUUAAUUAGAGAUAUCUUAGCGAUACUUUUUUGGGAUACUUUAUUGUACAACUAUACAUUGCAAUAAAUUAACUCUUUCAGGACCGAUUUUGGAUCGUAGAGAAAUGUUUCUGUUUGUCAAUUAUUGAUGAUAGAAACAUAUAUUUCUGAUCUUUUUCUAAGAAAGAUAGUGUACUAAAAGUGGGACCGUUUUUCACUAAAAAUGAACACAUUUAUCCUACGAUACAAUUUUAUAAUGCAAUGUUGUUUGUACGCGACAUCGAGUGUGAAAGGGUUAAUUGUCUAUCGUAAUAUUCUGUUCCUAUUAGAAAUCUAUAGAAGAAUCACCUACAUUUAAAGGAAUGUAUGAUCGAUACGUAGAAUCUAAAAAAGUACGAAGUUGAACUCGAAAUAGGUCAGUGGUCAGAUACUACGCAGAGAAUUCCACGAAUCACGCAAAUCCAAUAGGCCACAUUCCCAAUUCUGAUGUACCUGGCGUUCCGUGUCGAGAUAGAUUUGAAAUCUUUGGUUCUUAGAGUAUCUCGUCGGUAUCAGUUACUUUGGAUAUCUCGUUCGAACCGCUUCAAUUCUAGAGAUAGAAGUCGUUGUGAUCGAGGAAUGAACGAUCGAGGAUAUCGUAGCAUGAUCUUCGAAACGAUCAAAAAGUCCACGAGAUAGGAGGGCCCUAAUUCGUAGAUUAGAAGCGGCGUACCGCGAUUCCGUUCGCCGUGAAAGGAAAUGAGCCUCGGACGAGCAAAUUUAGAAACCGAUCAAACGAAUAAUUGAUUUAAUAGUCUCCACGGCUGGCACGAUUUCUGGCGCGUGUUUACUCGAGCGUCUCGUUCGAGGGUCUCUUUCCUUUCUGAUCGAAAUGAAUUCAGCAAAUAGAGAACGGGAGUUGCGUGCAUCUUUGACGAACAAACGCGUUAAAACGCGAAAGCUGUCGACGGGCACGUGGCCAAAAUCCCUCGAAUCCUUCCACUGUGGUGAACUAAAUCACAUCAUUCGCGUGAAUUUUCUUUCAGAGGGAUCCACCGGUCAAACUUUUUUCUCGCGAGGUAUUUCGAGUCGAGAAUCUUCAAUCACUACAUCGUAUUAUAUAUGGAACGCGUAGAUUUCUGGCUUAUCAAAUAAAAACGGCGGUCUUAGGGGAAUAUUGGGAAGGUUAAAGGUUCCAAAAUUGAAAAAUGCCCUUAUACAUUUCCAUCAAGUCCUUCAUUGAUCUUCUCGUUCCAUCUUAUCGACGUGUUCACGUGCGAUGUAUUAAAGAACUUUAUACGUGGUUUUCAGAUUCAACAGCGUAGAAGGUUAAAUAUUCGUGCUUUUUCCUUAUUUCCGCCUAUGUGUUCGCCUACGCGAGAAUUCACUUUCACUGCGCGUUUGUUCGUCGAACAUAGAUGUGACCUUUUAAAGGUGUUAGAUAGCAUGUAAGACGAAUGCUACGCUGUGACGAUACUGAAUCAUUGUACAUGUAUAUACAUAAAUCGAGAGAGAAAAAAUAAAAGAACAAUACGAUG